UCACCACACACCGCUCGCGUAUUCCUUCCCUAUCCCAAGCCAACGUCAUCCACCGAUACCCUCACACCCAAAGACCAGACCAGACCAGACCAGACCAGACCAGACCAGACCGGCCAGGCAGAACCAAAAAACAAAACAAAAAAAAAUGGCCCAAGGCGCCGUCAAACCCAAAAAGUCCAGCGCACCCGCGUCCUCGGGCAGGAAAGCCAAGCCGCAGCCGCCGAAGUCGACGAAGGGCGCGCGGGUGUCCAAGGCGAAAAACGCCUCGUCGGCGGAUAAGCUGCAGCGGCGGCUUGCGGCGGGGCUGGUCGCGAAGACGGAGAAGUUGUUGGGGGAGCGCGCGGGACAUCUGGAGUUGAUUGGGAAGGGGAGGGUGAAGGGGGAUAAGGAUGGGAAAGAUAAGGAUGGGAAGGGGACGGCGAAGGGGGGGAGUCGGAAGUUUGGCUGAGGAAGUGGGAUGGAUGGGAUAAGAUGAGAAGGGAAUGUCGCGGAGCUGCUGCUAUGAUGGCUGGUGGACUGAUGUUGCAAUAAAAUCCGCCGUCUGUAGUUUGCAGUCCGCUCGCUGGACGAUUCAGUCGGUUACUACGACGAGUUAGAAUGCUAAUAUUGCAAAUGACGAGGCAUACCACCUCGAAGGAUAUGGGCAGGUCUGUUGAAGACUACGACAUGGAGUUAGUUUGCCUGUCCUCGGUAUACUCUCUCAGUAGGGGAUCAUCCUAGA